AUGAUUGCCUCUCGCACUGCUUCUUUCUUGGUUGUUCCCGUUACCACUGCUGCUGGUUAUGCCACCUAUGUUCGCACCACUGCACAACCCACUCCUGCUUACUCUCAUAUCAUGACCCAACAAGGCACCGAUUCUCAAGGCCGCAAGGAAUGGCACAAGGUGAACAAUGGUAUUGGUCUCGUCGAUGUUGGCCGUAGCGGUGGUGGUCUCUAA